AUGCCGGAGUGGAGGCAGUGCGGCCGUUGGCUCAUCGACUGCAAAGUGCUGCCCCCGAACCACCGGGUGGUGUGGCCGUCCGCGCAGGUCUUUGACUUGGCUCAGGCUCUGCGGGACGGCGUCCUACUGUGCCAACUGCUGCACAACCUGUGCCCCGGCGCCAUCCUCCUCAAGGAGGUCAACUUCAGGCCCCACAUGUCGCAGUUUCUUUGCCUGAAGAACAUCCGGACCUUCCUGAAGGUUUGUCACGACAAGUUCGGGCUCCGGAACAGCGAGCUCUUUGACCCCUUCGACCUCUUUGACGUCAGAGACUUUGGGAAGGUUAUUUCUGCCGUGUCCCGUCUCUCCCAUCACAGCAUCGCCCAGAACAAAGGGAUCAGGCCGUUCCCCUCAGAGGAGACCGUGGAGAAUGAUGACGAUGUAUACCGGAGCCUGGAGGAGCUGGCGGAUGAGCACGACCUGGGGGAGGAUAUCUAUGACUGUGUGCAGUGCGACGACGAUGGGGAUGAUAUUUACGAGGACAUCAUCAAGGUGGAGGUUCGGCAGCCGAUGAUCCGCUACAUGCAGAAGAUGGGAAUGACGGAGGACGACAAGCGUAAUUGCUGCCUCCAGGAGAUACAAGAGACCGAGGCCAAAUACUACAAGACCCUGGAGGACAUUGAAAAGAAUUACAUGAUCCCAUUGAAAGGUGUCCUGAACCCUCAGGAGAUGGAGAGCAUCUUUAUCAACCUAGAGGAGCUGAUCAAGGUUCACUCGAAUUUCCUACGAGCCAUCGAUCAGGCCAUCAUGUCCGGGGGCAACACGCUGCACAAAGUCUUCCUGGACUUCAAGGAGCGGCUGCUUAUUUACGGCAAGUACUGCAGUAUGAUGGAGAACUCACAGAAAACACUGGACCACCUGCUCAAUGUUCGGGAGGAGCUUCGAAACAAAAUUGAGGAAUGUACCAAGAAGGUGCAGGAGGGUAAGUUCAAACUGCAGGACCUGCUGGUGGUGCCGAUGCAGAGAGUCUUAAAGUACCACCUGCUGUUAAAGGACUUGCUGAGCUACUCGAAGGAGCGAGCGGAGCAGCAGCAGCUGAAACAGGCACUGGAGGCCAUGGAGGACCUGGCCAUGUACAUCAAUGAGGUGAAACGAGACAACGAGACUUUGAAGAAAAUCGGGGAGUUCCAGUGCUCGAUCGAGAAUCUGCAAACGUCGCUGGUAACGUACGGGAGACCGAAGAUUGACGGGGAACUGAAAGUUUGCUCCAUCAUCAACAGGACCAAACAGGACCGGUACCUCUUUCUGUUUGACAAGGCCGUGAUCGUGUGUAAACGGAAGGGAUAUAACUAUGAGCUGAAGGAGAUCAUUGACCUGCAGGCACAUAAAAUGAGCGACGACCCAAUGAACAACAAGGAUGUGCGGAAGUCCCACGGGAAGAUGUGGUCGUAUGCAUUUUACUUGAUCCACCUGCAAGGCAAACAAGGCUUCCAGUUCUUCUGUAAAACAGAGGAGAUGAAGAGGAAAUGGAUGGAACAUUUUGAAAUGGCGCUGUCGAACAUCAAGCCAGAGAAGGGAACGGCCAAUUCACACAACUUCCACAUGUCAACCUUCGACAAGUUUACUAACUGCAAAGCCUGCACGAUGCUGCUCAGAGGGAUCUUUUACCAGGGAUACAUCUGCUCAAAGUGCGGAGCUGAGGCACACAAGGAAUGCCUGGAGACCACGGCACAGUGCAUGGCAUACUCUUCCAUAGAUGAUGAGGAUCGAGGACAACCUCCCUCGGAAGGACCUAAAAUGGUGGCGCUGCGGAGCUACCAGGGCAUCCCCCCACCCCUGCCGCCUGGGAGAUCAUCGCUCAGCUUCCAGUCCGGAGACACGCUCGAGCUGCUGAAGGGAGACCCCGACUCUGCCUGGUGGGAGGGACGACUGAUUCAGACGAAAAAGACGGGCUACUUUCCCAGCUCUGCAGUCAAGCCGUGCCCUGUGGGUCAGCAACAUAUUAACAGGCGGGACUCUGACUAUAGCGCCUACUCCUGGUUUGCUGGGAAUCUGGAGCGGGGCCAGGCAGACAUGUUGCUCAAAGCCCACAUCAGUGGCACUUACCUGAUCCGGGAGAGGACAGCCGAGGCCGAGAGAUUCGCCAUCAGCAUCAGGUUCAACGAUGAGGUGAAGCACAUUAAAGUGGUGGAAAAAGACAACUGGAUCCACAUCACUGAGGCCAAGAAAUUUGAAAGCCUCUUGGAGCUGGUGGAAUAUUACCAGGUACAUUCCCUGAAGGAGAGCUUCAAACAGUUAGACACCACACUGCGUUACCCCUACAAGCACAGAGAACACCACACCUUGCCGAAAUCCAACAACCGGGCUUCAGCCGCUUGCUACAACUUUUCUUUUCUCAGCCCUCAGGCCUUCAACGCUGUGCCUCACACUCCAGCUCCUCUCUGGUCAGUUUUCACUCCCCGCCCCAUUGCAAUGGCAACGGCACGCUAUAACUUUGCCGCCCGGGACAUGCGGGAGCUGUCUCUGCGGGAAGGAGACACGGUGAAAAUCUACAGCAAGAUAGGCGGAGACCAGGGCUGGUGGAAAGGAGAAGCAAACGGCAGGGUUGGCUGGUUCCCUUCCACCUACGUGGAUGAAGAGGUGGGUCAGUAGCUGACUGUGUCUCGGAUGCGAGGACGUUUCGUUUGCACAAGAGACGCUGGACCCAGAGGACAAUUCGCUGCUUCUCAACCCACACACCCCACCCUCUCACCACCUCCCCACACGACAGACGGACAUUUGAUGGUCGGACAUUCGUUUCAACGUUUUGAGCAUGGUGCCCGGGAGAGUGCGAGGGAGAAAGGGAGGGUGUGAGCGAGGAAGCCCUUCUGUUGUAUAUAAAUUCCUUUUCCAGAAUGUUCAGUCUGAAUCGCAGCAAAAUUCCUGGUAACCGCCCGGGUGGUGAUGUGCGUGAUUGCACACGGGUGACGCGUGCGUGUAUUCACGUGUGCACGACCCUCGUAUGUGCGCGCGUGCGCGCAUGAGGGAGUAUCUGCGGGAAAUGGGGACGUGCGCACGCGCGCGUGUGUACGUGUGCAUGAUAUGUAUGUAACGAAUGUGCCAACAUGCGUGUGUGCGCGUGUCCGUGAAGAGUGUUUUUUUUUCUAAAUAACUUGUAAUUAUUUUACAAAGACAAAUGCCACAAUGUGAAUGUGAAUAGUGGGGGAAGUGCCCUGUGCCGAUGCCGGUGUAUAUAUUUGGGUUGAUUGUGGGUGAUGCAGAAUGAUGACUGACUGUGCUCCAGAAUGAGAUAUACUGUAAAUUCUUACCCGUCAGGCAAUGCACUAACACACAGCAGGGAGGGGGAGGGUGCGGGGUUGGGGGGUGCUGGGGGUUGGGGGUGCUGGGGAGCGGGACUGCACAGGGCGGUGUGGAUCUGUGUCUCUUGGUUCUCGGAUGAGUCAAUUUCACUGCCCCGGACCUCAUGCGCGGGUGGACAGCGCCUUCUGCGAGCGCGGGGAGGGAGGGGUUGGGAGUACAUGCGCAGGUGCCACGCGAAGGGGCUCAAGGGUUCAUGUGUGGGCGCGCAGAGACCAGGACCGUCCAAACAAUGCUCCCACGCAGGGUGUUUAACAGCAAAUAAAGGGAAAAUUUUUGAGUCAA